ACACAGUUGAAUGGAGCAAGAAAUGCUACACAAAUGUGAACAAACUCUCAGUCUCUCGAAACCACUCUCUUUACAAACCCUAGCUUCAGUUAGGUCUCUCAUAAUCAACCCUAACACCUCCAAUUCAACUCUUUCUUCAAUCCUCGAAACGCUAACUUGCUCUCACCAACUCUCUCUUCCUGACUCUAUCACUCGCCACUACACUCUCAAGCUCCUUACCGACCUGUCGUUUCACCAGCCGCACCUCUCUCCUCUCAUCUUCGACUCGCUCCGUGCUGACGACUCACUCCUCUCCGCCGACUCACUCGCCGCGCUCGCCUCCAUCUCCGACCACAAUCCUAACCUAGCUCUUCAUAUCGACGAUCACUUCUUCGUUUCUCUCUGUUUCGCUCCGUGCGUGUCCGUGCGGUUGUGGUUACUAAGAAACGCUGAGAGGUUCGGUGUACGGUCGCAUUUGUUGUUCACAGUGUUCUUAGGAUUUACGAAGGAUCCGUAUCCGUAUGUGCGAAGAGCUGCUUUGGAUGGAUUGCUUGGCUUGUGUAAGUUCGGAGUUUUGGAGGACCUUGACGUCAUCAAAGCAUGCUAUUGCCGUGCCGUUGAGCUUCUACGCGACAUGGAAGAUUGCGUCAGACUCGCCGCGGUUCGCGUGGUUAGUGGAUGGGGUCAAAUGCUUGUAGCGUACAACCAAGAGAUGAGAGGAACAAAUUUGUCCGAUGCAGUGUUUACUCAGCUCUGUUCUAUGGCAAGAGAUAUGAGUAUGGAAGUAAGGGUUGAAGCCUUUGAUGCCCUUGGAAAGGUAGCAGUGGUAUCUGAGGAUAUUUUGUUGCAAACGCUGUCCAAGAAGGUUCUAGGGAUUUUCAAAGAGAAGAAACCUCAUGGUCAGUGUGCUGCUGAUUGCUUUGAAAUUUCAGCAUCAGGUGCUGCUGGAGCUUUUGUGCAUGGGCUUGAGGAUGAAUUCUAUGAGGUACGGAAGUCUGCUUGUUCUUCCUUGGGUUUGUUGAGUGUUCUCUCUGAAAAGUUUGCUGGUGAAGCCUUAAACUUCCUGGUAGACAUGCUAAAUGAUGAUUCAGUGACUGUCAGGUUGCAGGCUCUGGAAACAAUGCUUCUUAUGGCAAACUGUGAGCAUCUAAAGGUGCAAGAGAUACACAUGCACAUGUUUCUCGGCACUCUGGUUGACAAAAAUGCUUUAGUGAGAUCUGCAGCAAGGAAAAUUCUUAGAUCAGUGAAAGUUCCCAAUGUGGACUUUUUUAAACUCUUUGUUGAUGGUCUUCUUGAAAACUUGAAGAUAUACCCACAGGAUGAAGCCGAUAUUUUUUCUGUUUUAUUUUAUAUUGGUCGAAAUCAUGGGAACUUUGCAGUGUGCAUCGUCAGGGAGGUUUCACAAGAGAUGGAGCCAGAUUCUCAUGGCAAAUUGGGCUUUGAUGGUGCAAGAGUAGCUGCAUUUCUUGUGUUGGCCAUCUCAGUUCCCCUCUCAAGUGAACAAAAUGUCUGCAGCAUUCAACCUAGAAUAUUUUCUUAUGCAGUUACACUGCUGGGGAGAAUUUCUUGUGCUUUGAGUGAUGUUAUGGACCAACAUUCCCUAUUGGCCUACAUUUCACAGUGCAGUAGACUUCCUAGUUUCUCUGACUCACAGUAUAAAGGGGAAGAGUCAUCCGUGCAUGAAGUGAACAGUAAUAGUAUUAAUGGUACCAGCACUGAGAUUUCUGUGCAGGAAAUAGGUGAUGAAGUCCCAAAAACUUGGUCUUGGAUACAAUGCGACCUAAAGGAUGUAGCAACAUCACAAGCAAGAUGCCAGCUGGAAGAGGAGGAUGAAAUAAAUAAUUCUAUGAAUAUUGUACUAGCGAAGGUUAAGAAUAUCUGGCCCUUAGUACAAUCAGGAUAUACGAAGGAAGUUUUGGAGACUUUGAGGGCUUGUAAGGAAGAAGUGUUAACAUUUUCUACUAAAUCCCUUGGAUCUGAUGGUGCAUUAGCCUUUACAUUGCGGUAUAUCCAGGUGGUGAAACUGCUUGUUAAGGUUUGGGAGCACUUUGCACCCAUGAAAAAGCUCCAUUAUUAUGAAGUGGGAGAAUUGGAGCUCUUAUUAGGAAAGUUAGACAGUAGGCUUGCAGAUAUCAGAUGUAGGUUUAUAGGGUUGUCUAAAGAAGAGGAGUUGCAUGUCUUGGAGCUGGUACUUGUGUCUUGUUUGUUGAGGUUGUCUAAAGUUGAAAUCUGCUGCUAUCUUACUACCCUGAAAAAGCUGUCGUCUACAAUUUCACAUGUAGAAUUUCUCCACCAGCAAGGGUCCAUUGAACUAUCCAAGUUUGUAACUGAAGUUAAGAAUUCAUUGCUUGAGAUAGGCACCUCUACUUUUGGCGCUUCCUACGAGCCAUUUCUGUUCAGUCAAUUACUUGAGUCCUUUUUUCUAAACCAGCUUUUUUUAAGUGGGAGGCUUAGGCACAUAAAAGCGGAACUGGAUGUUCCCAAUAAUAGUACUGAAAAUCCUGUUACUUUUGUUUCAGGGCUCCCAGUUGCCAUACCUCUUGAGAUCACUUUGCAUAAUAUUUCGAGUGAGAAUAGGUUGUGGCUUAGGAUAACUAUGAGUGAAGAGUCAACUCAGUUCAUCUUUCUAGAUCCGAACUUAAUUGAAGGAUACAGUGAGUUCCUGAAAUUUACGUAUAUUGCACCCUUUUACAAGACUCCGAAAGCCGUAUCUUUCUCAUUGAGGGUUUUUAUAGGCAUGGAAUGCUUAUUUGAGGAUGUCCAUUUUGUCAAAGUCCAUGGAGGUCCAAAACGUAUGCUAGCAUAUCUUUGCCAUGAAAAAGAAGUUUGUCUAUCCAUGGCUUCUAAAGGCUGAUUAUUCCUCUUAAAGUGUUGCUUCAGCACAACAGGUGGAAAACAUACAAGUACGUACAGCAGAAGUUUAGUGGCUCCAUUAUAGACUUUGAUUUUUUGCCAUUGGAUGGUCAUGAAAUUCUUAUGGACUAAGUGAAAAAUAUGCAGACCAGCUUUCCUGUGUCUAAGAUAGGUAUUUGAUUUUCUUUAAAAUCAGGAUACUACUUGAGUUCGUUUCUUCAGAAGGGAAACUAGCUCUUUUUGUUCCACAAGGGUCGAAGAUGCAUACUGCUUUGUUUCACUACUACCCUUUUAAAGAUUGUUAUUGAGUUGAUGUUGUCGGAGUGGAUGCAUUGGAAGUUUUGCGGGUUUAAUUCUUCUCCUAGGGGGUGACAGCAGUGAAAGACUACAUUUUCUUUCAUGGAGAUGGUCAUGUAACAAUGAAAGACGGGCAGCUGUUUCCUUUCGUAAACUGGCAUAUUUCUGAAGUUUGACCAGGAAAAUUCUGAAUCAAUUAUUUAUCUUGUAUUUAUCUUCUCCAAUGGUAUGUUUAGCCUUUCAUUUUUAUUCUUUUCAUAUUUAACAUUUCAUUAAAUCUUUCCGGUUUUUGCGUAGGGUGUAAUCAAGGAGACGAUGUCCCGCCUCAGCUUAUGUGUGCCUGAGCUAAUAAUUAUAGUUAUAUAUGUGGUUUUUGCCAAAGUUGUGGAUGCUUCAGUGUUUAUAAGCAUUUUGUGACACCACUGACUUCGAUUUCAGAUUUUCAAAUCUGAAGUCAACAUGGAUAAGUCUUCUCCAAGAGGAAACGAGGACUGGCAUUGGUAUAUGAAAUCAUUAGAGCUCGCUGGAGAAGGUGACUUAAAAGUACUUCUCCAAGGAGAAUAAGCGGAGCAGUUAAAAAUGCCUGUUCCACAGGUGUGAACUGAUCGAUAGUUUUAGCGCUUAAUCCAUUUCAUGUUCUCGGGAAAAUAGAUUUAAAUUUUAUUGCAGUAUUAUGUGAUUAAGUACAGGCUACCCAAAAUUGACAAUUUGGUCACCUUGGUAUUGAAA